AGGCGGCCGCGCGACCUUAUCCAUAUCCAAGUCCUGCGACGCAGCGGCCACUAGGACCUUGCCUGAUAGAGCCACCCUCGGCGUACUAGACCUCAGCUUCACUUUGCCCUUGAUUAUCUUACUCACUAGAAGUCAGCACACCAUUGACAAUCUGACUCCGGGUCCCAGUUCGUACGACGCUGAUCUCUCCGGGGCAGCGCUUCUCAGCGACCAGACUACUGCUAGAUACAUAGAUCGGACGGGAUGAAGAACCGCGUCAUUUUUGUUGGUGUAGGAGGUGCGACCUGUUCGGGCAAGACUACCCUCGCCAAACAUCUACGCAAUCUCUUGCCCGGGAGCGUAAUCCUCCAUCAGGAUGAUUUCGCGCCACCGCAAGAGUUGAUUCCCCUGCACCCGGAGUACAAAGUGCAAGACUGGGAUAGCGCGGAGGGGGCGAUAGAUUGGCCGAGGAUGAUCAAGACGCUCAAGGAGGUGAAAGAGACUGGUGUGAUCCCACCGGAGCACUACUCCCAUGACCAUCUCAAUGAGCAGAGGGAUGUGCCGAUCGAGCGCAAAGUCUCUGAACGGUGGAAGGAGACAUUCAGCCGAAUAACGAAGGAGCGUGAAGAGAAGGGCGAGCGACUAAUCUGGGUGGUGGUCGACGGAUUCCUUCUGUAUUGGCACCCGGAAGUCGUAGAGCAGCUCGACGCGCGGAUAUUCCUCCGGGUGCCGCACGAUGUCCUGAAGCAACGGCGGCUCGAGAGACAUGGCUACCAUACCGCAGAGGGCAGUCUGUGGCGGGACCCGCCGCACUACUGGGAGCAGAUCGUCUGGCCGGCGUACGUCGCGGCGCACGGGGGGAUGCUGGAGGGCGGGGAUGUCGAACACGGGGGCCCGAACGGAGCCGUUCCGGGGCUGAUCCUGAUCGACGGGCAGGAGAUGGGGCUGGCGGAGACUGUCGAGAAGGUGUGCGCGCGGCUUGCGGAGAAAGCGACGGAGGACCAGUGACUGGGGCGGUCGGCCGAACGAGCGUCGAACAUAGAGUGUAUAUGACUAAAUGAUGUGUUGGGGCCGUAGCAUGGCCGACGAAGCUCUGCUGGCGUUCGAGUGUCCCAGCUUGGGUGCGGAUGCGGGGCUGGGCCGUGCUGGCCAAUGUGCGUGCGCGCAUUCAUGUGGAAUGCGGGGUCCGUGUCGUCCGGGCGGACGCUCCGGCGCCAGAGCGGCUGAAUUCACAUGCCUCUCCGCGUCCUCGUGACGGCCAUCCCUAUAAGACCAUCUGGCUCUCCGCGCUCGGCUGCAACCCUCCU